AUGACGCUUACCUUCGCCGUGCGCCGGCGAGAGCCAGUCCUCGUCGUCCCGGCCUCACCGACACCCCAGGAAACAAAGCGCCUCUCCGACAUCGACAGUAAGGAGUCUCUGCGGGUGCUCAUGCCCGGCGUCUUCGUCCACCGCGGCGGCCCGGCGCGCGGCGACGACGACCCGGUGGACGUCAUCGCCCGAGCGCUGUCGGAGGCGCUGGUGCACUACUACCCCCUCGCAGGGCGCUUCAGGGAGGUGGAAGGUGGCAAGCUGGUCGUGGACUGCACUGGCCAGGGCGUGCUGUUCGCGGAGGCCGACGCCGACGUGCGGCUGGCCGAGCUCGAGGAGGCUGCCGGUGGUGGCCAGGGGCUGACGCCGCCGUUCCCGUGCAUGGAUGAGCUCCUCCUCGACGUGGAUUGCUCUAGCGGCGGCGUGCUCACCUGGCCGUUGGUGGUGAUCCAGGUCACGCGGCUCCUCUGCGGCGGCUUCGUCUUCGGCAUGCGCAUCAACCACGCCAUGUGCGACGCCACGGGAGUCUACCUGUUCAUGUCCGCCAUCGCCGACCUCGCCCGCGGGCUCCCCGCGCCGGCCGUCGCGCCUUCAUGGUCCCGCGGCCUCCUCGACGCGCCGCACAACAAGUACGACGUCACGCCGCCCCUGCCGUUCCCGGCCCACGGAAGCGACGACACCGUCAUGCGUUCAUUCGUCUUCCGGCUGGCCGACAUCGCGGCGCUGAAGAAACGCCUCCACGGUGCACCGGCCGCGUCGACGUUCGAGGUCCUCGCGGCGCUCCUCUGGCGCGCUCGCGCUCCCUGCGGGCGAGGUCGCGCGGCUCGGCAUCAUCGCGAGCUUCAGGAGGAACGCCGCCCUGCGGCUCCCCACGGGAUACUACGGCAACGCGUGCGUGCCGCUCAGAGCGGCGGCGCCCGCCGACGACAUGGGCGGGAGCUCGCUGGGCGACGUGGUGGAGAUGAUACAGAAGGCUAA